AUGAAUUCUAAGAAACGAUCAAGAUCUCGGAGCAGACAAAGUUCAGAAGAAUGCUCCGUUAGUCGCCACAAACACAGCAAACGUCGUCGCUCUCAAACUAGUAGUAAUCGCGAUUCCAAUAACAUUGCUAAGGGCAAUGCUAUGAGCAGUAAUCCUGCCGCUUUUGAUAAAAUUUUAAGGCAGAUAUCUGGAAUUUCGGAGGUCGUUAACAACUUGGGUCAACGUCAGCCAAAUUUAGAGGCAGCGAAAAACUCUGGUCGAAACAACAACAACGCUGGCGUUGCCAACGGCCAGGAAAUGGCUCGUUGCCGGUCAACCUCGUCCCCAGGGCCUUUUGAGGAAGAUCAUGGAGAUGGACACACGAGCGAAAAUAAAAUGAAAAUGUCAAUGCGGCGAAGUUGUCAGAACGAGCAGGGGAAAAACUUUCGCCGGGUGAAACGGUCUGCAAAGGUCAGUUAUUUGAUCCCAUUGAUCAAGUACCAAAUUGGUCGACUUCGGACGUUUUUAAAACCUUUUUAGAGAUAAAGUUGAUUGAUUAAGUUGAUUAAACUUUCGCUGCAGUUUAUCGUCCUCUCAGAUCAUUUGCCGUUUUAGAAGAAACGCCAUUACCAGAUUUAGAUGUUUUCACAACACCAAAACUAGACAAGGUCAUUAGUGAUCAGGUGCCGGUUAACUUAAAACAAUCGGUAGAAAUUCGAGAUAAGGAGUUACUUAUAGUGCAGAGACAUGUCCUCAAUGUUGCCGCUCUUUUGACGGCCUUACGUGAUUUAUUGGAAAAUAAACACAAGACGUUUCAGUUCCGGACAUGUUGA